UAAAACCCUAUAAAACUAACACAAAAACCCUCUUCAACGUUUGUUCACAGAGCUACUAUAAUGGGUUCAGGCUUCGUAUUCGAGCCUCCUAGCGACGAAGAACUCGAAGACGACAUUCAUUCCGGCGACGAUAAUGCCUCCGAAUCUGCCUGGGACUUCGCCGCCUACUCCGAAGCCGUCGCUGAAGAACACGCCCGCCGUCACACCACCUCCGUCGACCAAAAAAUCCACAAGCUUCGUCAACAGCGCGCCGUCUCUCUCCCUAACCCUAACGACUCCGACUCCGACUCCGAAUCCAAUAAACAAGAGGAUUACAAGGCUGAGAAAGGAGAUGAUGAUGAAAACGAUGUUGUUGAAAGUGAUAAACCUUUCUUUGCAGCUGCUGAAGGUGUUUCCUAUCAAGCUAAAUCGUUUUUGGAGCUUAAUCUUUCGAGGCCGUUGCUUCGAGCUUGCGAAGCGUUAGGGUACUCUAAGCCUACACCAAUCCAGGCUGCUUGUAUACCAUUGGCAAUGGCCGGGCGUGAUAUUUGUGCGAGUGCAAUAACCGGUUCUGGGAAGACCGCAGCUUUUUCAUUGCCAACCUUGGAGAGGUUGUUAUACCGCCCAAAGCGUGUGCCGGCAAUUAGGGUUCUUAUUCUUACUCCUACAAGGGAGCUAGCUGUCCAGGUUCACAGUAUGAUAGAAAAACUUGCUCAAUUUACAGAUAUAAGAUGCUGCCUGAUUGUUGGUGGGCUAUCAAAUAAGGUGCAAGAGGCUGCAUUAAGGUCGAUGCCAGAUGUCGUUGUGGCAACUCCAGGGCGUAUGAUUGACCAUUUACGUAAUUCAAUGUCUGUGGAUCUAGAUGAUCUUGCUGUCUUGAUUCUUGAUGAGGCUGAUCGACUUUUGGAGCUUGGAUUUAAUGCUGAGAUCCAGGAACUCGUCCGUAUGUGUUCAAAACGGAGGCAGACAAUGCUGUUUUCUGCCACAAUGACUGAAGAGGUUGCAGAGCUUGUCAAACUAUCCUUAAAGAAACCACUACGGUUGUCAGCUGAUCCGUCUGCCCAACGACCAGCAGCUUUGACUGAGGAGGUUGUGAGAAUAAGAAGAAUUCGUGAAGCACAUUAUGAGGCAGUGCUUCUUGCAUUAUGCUCAAAAACAUUCACAUCCAAAGUAAUCAUUUUUAGUGGAACCAAGCUUGCUGCUCAUAGGUUGAAGAUCUUAUUUGGAUUAGCAGGCUUAAAAGCAGCCGAGUUUCAUAGCCAUCUUACACAAGCGCAGCGUCUUGAUUCUCUUGAGCUUUUCAGAAAACAGGAAGUAGACUUCUUGAUUGCAACAGAUGUUGCUGCUCGAGGGCUUGACAUAGCUGGGAUUCGGACAGUUAUUAAUUAUGCUUGUCCUCGUGAUCUCACAACAUAUGUACACCGAGUGGGUCGUACAGCAAGAGCUGGUCGGGAAGGAUACGCAGUCACAUUUGUCACUGAUAAUGAUCGCUCUCUACUAAAAGCCAUUGCUAAAAAGGCUGGUUCUAGGUUAAAGAGCAGAAUUGUUGCUGAAGAUUCAAUUAAUAAGUGGGCGCAAACAAUUGAGCAGAUGGAAGAUCAGGUUGCUACUAUUCUUCAAGAAGAGAAAGAAGAAAUGGCUUUGAGAAAAGCAGAGAUGGAAGCAGCAAAGGCUGAAAAUAUGAUUGAGCACAGGGAAGAAAUAUUUUUCCGGUCUAAAAAGACGUGGUUUAUGAUUGCCAUAGGAUCUUGUUGGGGAGCCAUUAUUUGUAGUGAACUGAGAUUCAAGAUCUUGAUUGUCUACCUUUGGAUUAUUUUGAGUAUCUACCUUUGGAUCAUUUUGAUUAUCUAACUUUGAAUCAUUUUGAUUAUC